GGAUUCCCUGUACUUUUCCACUCCCACUGACAUUUCGUUACUUUUAGUCGGCAAUGAUUGCAAGUCCAACUGCCGGAUGCAUUGUCGGAUUCCUGUGAGCCCACGAUUCAUUUUGCGGCCAUCUUUUGUCCCCCAGAUCAGACACUUUUUCUGCCCGCGACGCUUUUCAGACACAAUGGUUUCCAAGAACAUGCCUUCCGCAUCGGACUCCAGCGAGCCUCUGCCGGCCCUGUCCCCUACCGAUUUCCGAACUUAUAACCGAAUGUCAGAGCAAAUGGAAGCAUUUCAUAGCCAUUUCCGUUUAACAUGGAACCAACUCUGGGAGGCUUGUAACAGUACUGGAAAGCGACCUGGUGGUCUGUCGGCUCGUCAAAUGAUCAUGAUGGGGCUGCAGUUCUGCUCGCAGUUGGAUUUCCACCACUCUAUUGAAGAACAACAUAUUUUUCCCGUGCUGGCAAAGAAGAUGCCCGAAUUCCGGAAAGAGCUUGAACUGUUAAGCCAGCACAGGCAGAUUCAUGCUGGUCUUGAGAAGCUUGAGAAGUACCUUGGAGAUUGUCGCUCUGGCGAGGAAGACAUGCGCCGUGAAGAGGUGAAACGUUUGAUGGAAGGAUUUGGAGAGGUCCUGUGGACGCAUCUGGAUCAGGAGGUGCAGACUCUACGUGCAGAGAAUAUGCGCAAAUUCUGGUCGCUUGAGGAGAUGCGUCGCCUGCCUAUGUGACGUUAGACGUGUUUAAUGACUGCCCUUGAUGAUGCGUUUAAUUUUCUU